CAAGUGUGCCUAUAUAUAUACACACACCUCUUCUGUGUGUGUGUGUGUGCGUGUGUUUCUACGUACAUGGAGAGCUCGUUCGUGAGCUCGACACUUGCCACAUUUCACAGGGUAGACACAUUUUAUUUAUGGCCCCAAAACAGCGCGAGGAAACCGAAACCGUAGGUUUCCGUUCGUAGGUUUCGUUUCACUCAAUGGGUAUCCGUGCAACGGCGUGGGAACGAAACGGUGCGGAACGAGUGGAAUGGAACAGUUACCGUUCGACCGCCUGCCACCCAAGCUCAAAGAUUGUAGCUCUUAUGUAAUUCCACGGACUGUGCAGGUUGUUCACUGGCAUGCCAACAACUCGUACACCUCCAACUACAACAACCACACCAAAACAUGUAAAACCACACAGCAACAACAUCAAAAGCAGGAGCAAACACCACAGUUAACCACAAGCAACGAUAAACCACCUCAGAGCUGGCAGUUAGCGGAGCGGAAACGGAAGCGGCCAUAUUUGUAGCGAGAGCUAAGCAAUUUCCGGCCUUAAGAAUGGCAGGCCCGCAGAUCGGCGCUUAAAAGCUUUAAGGCAACAGAGAAGAGUACAAAAGAAGCAGAGAGAGAGCGAGAGAUAGAGGAAAUCCCAAAGAAACUGGAUUAAAACUGUGUACACCUCAGCAGUUGAAAUUAAUUAAUUGCAACCAAAAUGGCCUCAUUCCAAAUACCUGUUAUCAACCUGGAGGUGCGCGAGGUCAAGGACAUCGUGUGGGAGAAGAUCCAGGAGCCGGUGAACCAGCGACGCCUCAUCCUCGUGAUUGUAUCGAUUGCCCUGCUGCUGGACAACAUGCUGUACAUGGUGAUAGUGCCGAUUAUACCCGACUAUUUAAGAGAGAUUGGCAGCUUCGAUGACGGGCCGACGCCCCCUCCGUUGCGGGAUAAUAUCACGGGAAAGAUCAUACCCGUGCAUCACGAUCAUCACGGGCAGGACUCGGCCACGGGCAUCCUAUUCGCCUCGAAGGCCAUCGUCCAGCUGAUGGUGAAUCCCUUUUCGGGCGGCCUCAUCGACAAGAUCGGCUACGAUUUGCCCAUGAUGAUCGGCCUGACCAUCAUGUUCUUCUCCACGGCAGUCUUUGCCUGUGGCAGCAGCUACAGUGUCCUGUUCUUCGCCCGAUCCCUGCAGGGAGCUGGUUCCGCCUUUGCGGAUACCGCCGGAUUGGCCAUGAUAGCCGAUCGGUUCACCGAGGAGAACGAGCGCUCGCAGGCCCUUGGCAUUGCGCUGGCCUUCAUCAGUUUUGGAUGCCUGGUGGCGCCUCCGUUUGGCGGGGCGCUCUACCAGUUCGCCGGAAAGGAAGUGCCCUUCCUGAUCCUGGCACUGGUGUGCCUACUGGACGGGCUGAUGCUGCUGCUGGUAAUGAAGCCGGUCAAGGAGGCGAUUAAACAAAGCAAGGACGUGCAGGACCAAGUAAUACCCAUCUGGCGCCUGCUGAUGGACCCCUAUAUUGCCGUCUGUGCCGGGGCACUGACCAUGUCCAAUGUGGCGCUUGCCUUCCUGGAGCCCACCAUCUCGCUGUGGAUGGAGGACAACAUGACCACGGACAACUGGAAGAUCGGCAUGGUCUGGCUGCCCGCCUUCUUUCCGCACGUGCUGGGCGUGGUCAUUACGGUGAAGAUGGCCCGAAAGUAUCCGCAGCACCAGUGGCUAAUGGCCGCCGGUGGAUUGGCCCUGGAGGGCUUCUCCUGCUUCAUCAUACCGUUCUGCAGCGGCUACAAGAUGCUCAUGCUGCCCAUCUGUGUGAUCUGCUUCGGAAUCGCCCUCAUAGACACGGCUCUACUGCCCACACUCGGUUAUCUGGUGGACGUGCGAUAUGUGUCGGUUUACGGCAGUAUCUAUGCCAUAGCGGAUAUAUCCUAUUCCAUCGCCUACGCCGUAGGGCCCAUUAUCGCCGGCGGAGUGGUGGAGGCCAUCGGGUUUACGGCUCUCAACUUCUUGAUAGCCUUCUCGAAUCUGGCCUAUGUGCCCGUUCUGCGAAAGCUACGCAACAUCUACGACUUCAAGCCGUUCGAGAAUGAGGCCAACAUUCUGAUGCAGGACCCGCCCAACAAGGAGUACCAGACCUAUGUGAUGCACGACCAGAAACCAGUGGCGGGUGGCGUCAAGAACCACCUGGAGUACGGCCAGCAGUAUCAGCAGGAGCAGGAGACCAAUCUGGACGACCAGCAGUACGAGUACCAGCAGCAGCAGGGAUACCAGCAAGGAUAUCAGCAGGAUCAGGGCUACCAGCCGGGCUACCAGGAGCAGGGCGGCAGCUACGCCCCCCAAGGUCAGCCCCGCGUGGCCAAUCCCUUCCAGCAGCAGCAGCAGCAGCAACAACAGCAGCAGGUCCAAAGCAGAGGUCCUGCCGCCCCAGCGAAUCCCUUUAGGCAAGGAUUUUAAACUGUUGCCCCACAUGCCCAAAAGCAACACAGCAACCCCUAGUUUUAAAUCGUGUUCUUUUGCACACCUCCGUGUGCAACAUUCUGUUCUCUGUUGAACCCACUCUGAUCUAGACACAAGACACAUACACACAUAUAUUACUAUAGACAUAUAGGCAAGUGGUACGUACACUAUAACGAGCAUUACAUGCAGAUAGUUAAAAUAGCAGCUAGUUAAUGCCUUGCACCGCACCAAGUUUUGUAUCAUACACGAAUGUUAAAGCAACCGAGGACAGUGAUGGGCGUGGUGGGACUUGAGUUUACUUGGAUAUUCCUAAAAAGUCAUAGAAUAUUAAAUUUAAAAUCAAAUUCAAAUUCAAAAUUUAGAAGGCACUCGCAAAUGUGAACUGAAAUAGCGAACUCUUUUUAGUGCACUUUUUUUUUUUAUGAACAGAGCUGAUACCAAAAAAGGGAGUGAAGAUAAUACAUCAAAGCUAUUUGUAAAGAAGAUAUUAUAUACGAACAGUUCAUAAUUUCAAAAUGCCAACAAGAAUUAAUGUUUCAGUAACCAGAAAAGCGAACAGAAAUUUGAAUGCCAAGUAAGCCACAGAACCAGCAGACCCAGGAAAUACCCAUCACUGAUAUAACGCAAUUAUGCUAUAUAGAGCGGUCCGAUCGGAUCGCCUAUGCCCUAUACUCAGUACUUAUGCAGCCGUUUUCGUGUCUAUCAGUCAGUGAAGCUAGAGAAACCAAAGCCUAGGCAUAGAUAGUUGGUAAGGGGAGGACUCGGACUCCCGCCCCAUCAAGUAUACACAAAAGUAUCAGAUAUUAUAUACACGCAUACAUAUAUAUCUAUAUACAAGCUAGCUGUAAGCAGCUCAACUGGCCAGAGGACCACUUUUGCCCGAGUGCCGCCGUUAAACAGGCAAUGGCAUCCAUAUCGCAGACAUAUCACAAGUUGCACAAAUCGAAACCCUCCCACGCCCACUGAAAAAGAGGAACUCUUUCGGGUGUCGUUGUGGCGGACUUGGGAGGAGAGUGGAUUCCCGGCCAGAGGGUGAUAUGAUUUCAGGUUUGAAAAACAUAAUGAUUUGAAAGUUUCUUAAACAUAAGACACAACCAAGGUAACGAUACAUAUCAGAGUCUCGAUGGCUCGCCUGUUAAAAUUACCAAAAGUGAUAUUACUUAUUGCUACUAGUCUGUAUACAUAUAUCGUAUCAUAUCGGUAGCAUACGCAACUAGAUCUAGGACGUACAUGGAGUGUACAUAAGUUAUACAACAACCAAUGGAAACAGAAAUCAAUUGAGAUUCAAAUUAAAGUUUCAUAUUUACCUACCAAUCAAUUAUUAUUUGCUUGUUGACUCUAUGUGCAUAUGGGCGGUUCCAACCUGGGUACUGCCGCCAUAGUAGAUCUUCGAUAGCAUAGCAUAAAUGUGUGUACCUUGUCUAUAAGAUAAAGAUAAACCUAACUGAAUAAUAUGAACAUAUUUACUAACGAUUAUUGUAGUCAUAACAUACAGUACGGUAUUUUAAUUCGUUUCGACUGCACCACUUUUUAGGGCAGUUUACUGCCCCUAUAUUAUACACCUUUUAGCUGGACCCAAAGCUCCACCAUAUCGAUAAGUAAAUUGAUCUUUUAUAUACAAUUCAGCAUGCGUAUGUGGACUUCUAUUUAUCUACAUUUUUCGAAUGUGUUAAGUGGGAAAUUACAAUUUCUAUAGUCGUAAACAUAUCAGUCAAACGGCCAUUUAAAAACUGAUUAUAUUUAUGGUUACCAACAAACAUAAUAUAUGUACGAGUUUCCUUUUACGAAUUACGAAAUAUACGCUGUAAAUUAACGAAAAUGCACUGAUUUUGAUGAAGUUACAAAAUACGUUCAUAUGGUUUUAGAAAAUACUCGUUUCAAUAUUUGCAUUGAUUUUGUUAUAGUUCCUCUAGGAAAACAACACUGUUGUCUGUUUUUAGAAGUUGCCAGCUUUAUGUUUAAUUGAAUUCCAUUAUUUCCUUAUUUCACCAACACUAAAUAUAUGUACUUAAAAAUAUAUACAUAGUUCUACAAAUUUACAAAACUGUAGAAAUGCUCUUAACUAUAAUAUGAACUAAACUCAUGAAAAAAUCUCCCAUCAAAUGUAUCAAUUAAAACGAAGACGAGUAGUGGUGAAGUGUUAAACUACAUACUUACAUAUACUCGUAUAUAAAGCGAAGAAGAGUAAAACCAGAACAAUUAAUAUAGUCAAUAAAAUAUAUUAUUAUGUAACAUAUUAUAACCUUGUUUAUUUAAGUAGCUACAAUAGAAUUUUAAUAACAACUAACAAAACAUAUAUAUAUGAAAAUGUAUGAAAAGACACCGAAAAAGCAAUAUUUAUGUAAGUUUCCUUUGAAACAAUCAUCUAAAAACCACAAUGCCAGGUCUUGAAGUCAUGUAAGGAUUGGAAUUCCGUUCAAAAACAAUUAGGCAUUAACUUUAGUCCGUUCCUUUCGCUAACAUAUGAUUAAUUUUUACAUGACUUUCGAAACUGGAUGUAGAUAGAUGUCAAACAAAUAAACAUGGCAAUUUCAGGCAUUCAAGAUUUCAACCGAUUUGAACAGUUUUAACCAAAGUUUGGUAGAGCGUAACAUGUAUAUGAAUCUUCCAAUUUUGGUUUACAAAUAAAUAUAAUUAUAUAAAUAUACAGCUAAGUAAUAACCAUCACAUUAUGUACUCAAAGGACGAGGACCCAGAAGGUCGAUUGAAAAGAGCCUGAAGGAUGUGUAGCAGUGCCGGCAAUGUGUAAUAACUUACUAAACAAAUAAGAGCAAAUGGAACGCAUAAACUGUAUGUGUUACGAGCAUAUAAAUAUAAAUAUAAAAAUGAAAAUACAAAUACAAAUACAAAUAAAAUCAUAAGAGAAAUGUAUGAUAACAUAUAUAAGUAAAAUAUACAUUUAUGAAAUGAAUUAUUAAACACUAUAGCAGUUAAUCGAGUGGUUAUACUCUGCGUAUUACAAGUGUUGAAUGUUCAAUAGCAUUAUAUGAAUUAUGAAUUAUAUGCAAUAACUGUGCGCUAUGGAUAAUUAAUGAACAAAAUUAAUUUUUAAUAUCGAAUAUAUACUAAAUGAUAUAGGGAUUUUACCUUGGCAACAAAACCAGCAGCACAGAAAAAUAAUUUGAUAUUUUUUCAUAUGAGAAAUGCCUCUCCGACAGUUUCUAUGUGUUGUGCGUGUGAAGAACGUUUUAGGAAAUUUAAUUGUAUACCCUAGACAAAAUAAAAUGAGUUCGUAAGUGAAGCCCACAAAGUUAAUGCCCCACAGUUCGGUUUUGUAUUGUAUAUAAGGCAUAUUGUUACUUUCGAAUGUCCAUUUCGGUAGAAGGCACGUCAAAGUCAAAGUCAAAGUCAAAGUAAAAGUAAAAGUCAGAGUCGAACCGUUUCGAGUACAUACUUACAUAGAUGGUACAGAGCUAAAUUAUUACAAAAGUCUUUGAAAUUUGUUUCGGCUAAUGUUAUAGACGUUUGUGUUACAUAUUUAACAAUAAUUAUUACGAUAAACUGUGGAAAUUAUAAUAACAAAAACAUAAUUAAGCAAAUGCAAACCAGCAGAGUAAUUCAAAUUUUACCAAGUAUCCAAAUCCCAGUUCUGUAACGUUGCUGUUCAAUUUCCAAGUCUAUCCAUCUAUAUUCUAUACGUAAUAUUGUUUAUAUCUGUAUAUCACACCGUUCUUCAACUAUCCCCAAAACAAAAGUAAGCAAACUAAGUGCUAUGCAUAUCAAAACGAAGCGAAUCGAUGUUCGAUGACUUAACAUAGCUAAAACCCCUCUAUAAUCAAAUGUAAGCAAUAGGGAAAGAAGCAGGAACUGCCUCGAAAAGCAAAUUUAAAAAUCGGAUCGAUGUGUGCAUAUUUUCCUUAAGAUUCAUUCACGGCAUAAGUCAGCAAAAUUGAAAGCUUAAACAAACACCACUUUUGCUGGCGUUGGCAUUUGCCGUAUUUAUUCAAGGGUAAAAUUCGAAUUGAAAACUCGCACACAUGACUCUAUAAACGUAUUUGAACUGCAUCGAAGAAAGAGAAUUCAAAAUGGCAGUUGCCUGCUUUCGGCUAUUGGAAAAUGCUAUGAAUAAUGAAUUGAACGAGCAGAAAAUUAUAACCGAACGUACAUUAAAGCAUACAGAUAUUGGCAUGAGCUAUAGAGGAAAGAUAAUGCAUUAUUACAGAGCGACACACCCAACACACAGCCCACACACACCCACACACCCACACAGCCAACCACACCCAACCACAACAGAGACAAAGAACACAAAACAAACAUGUACUAUUGAAAUAUAAUUGUUAACC